UACAGAAGGGCAAACUCUGCUCCUAAGAGCAAGAGCUGCAUCUUACUGUAGUCACAUAGGUGCUUUUAAAGGAAAAACCCACAAAAGCCAUAAGAUUACAAUUCCCAUACAAUUUCGUUUCACAAGAACAUGGUCUGAUCACAGAGUGGGUACAGUCCACAUGUACAUUCUUCCUGAAACCUCAAGGGGGGUAUCAGGGUAGGAGUGGAGUUUACACAAAGGUCACAGUGGUCCUUCCUGGAACACUUGCAACUAUCCCAGUCACAGUUGAGCACAUCUCUUAACAGAAAUCUUUUUACAUUGUUAUCAGAUGGCCCUUGGAACUAGAUUUUUAGUUUCUCAUUUCCUGGUGCUUGAAGUUUCUCUCUUCCUGAGGCUUGGGGGUGUAAGCCUGAAGGGCUAGGGUCUUUCACUUAUAGCAUGUGUCAGACCUUCAUUCCUUUCUGUGGCUGAAUUAAUGUUCCACUGUAAGAAUAGGACAGUUUAGCCGGGCGGUGGUGGCGCACGCCUUUAAUCCCAGCACUCGGGAGGCAGAGCCAGCCUGGGCUUCCAAGUGAGUUCCAGGAAAGGCGCAAAGCUACACAGAGAAACCCUGUCUCAAAAAACAAAAAAACAAACAAACAAAAAAAAGAAUAGGACAGUUUAUUCUUUCAUCAAUUUAUGGGCAUUUGAGCUGUUUUCACCUUGAGGUUGUCUGAGGAAGACAGGCAGCUCCCAACUACGUAAGCCCAAGAUCAGCUCCAAAAUUUGCAAGGGGACAGUACCCAAAGAUCUCGCUACCCUUUGUCAGUAGCGAUGAGGGUGUUUAGGCCAGCAGCAGCAGCAAAGCUGGAUAAAUGGAGGGGGCUGAAAAAUGUUCCAAUCAGCAUUAAAUCCUCCCCAGCAGUUUUACACUGGGUCAUGGUAAUCAUAUUUAAGGAGACCAGGAAUAUUUAGCGCCACUCUAAAAUCUACAGGUAUCUCCAAAAAUCCCUUUUUUGGGGGGGAGGGGGCGGUUACCAGGGCCUCGAGCAUACUUGCCAGGUGCUGUCUCUACUUCAGAGCUACACUCCAGUCCCCAAAACAGUUUCGGUCAAGCAUUGAUAUUUAAUAAGACAGGAAAUUCGCAACUGACGAAAACGAAUCCCAAGUUUUCAGGCCCUGGAGUGUCCAUACGCGCACACCAAGAGCCUCAAAGAGCUUUCUGUGCCCGCCUCACAAUCCGUCCUCUGCCAUCCGCUGCCCAUUCCGAGAAACUACCAUCAGAGGUCCAAAGACUCUGCGCACGCGCCGCUAGGUGGCCCGCUAGAGGGAGGGCGGACCUCGAUGGGCGUGCGCAGUAGCGGAGACUUGCGAGCGCGCGCCACGGAGGAGGGACCCCAGAGGCCGGAAGGAAGCGCGAGGAGGGCGGGGCUAGCGAGGGAAGCCCGCCGGCCCGCAGUACGGCCGUCGCGGCCUGAUGACGUCGCACAAUGGCCGGCCCCCGCGGGUAGUGGAGCCCGUUUGUUCCGCCCGCGUCGUGCCCGAAGCCUGAGCCAGUGAGAAGCGGAAAGGCUGAGGAACGUCCUGUCCACGUUGCCCCCAUCCCAGCGGAGCCGUGGCCGCCUCCCGUCCUCGCGCUGAGAUCUGCGGGUCCUGAUGGAUGUGGCUGAGAGCCCUGAACUGGAUCCUCACUCCCCAGAGGAUGAAGAGCAGCCGGCGCUCUCAGAUGAUGACAUUCUGAGGGAAAGUGGAUCUGAACAAGAUUUGGAUGGAGCUGGGGAAAGGGCUUCCGAUUUGGAGGAUGAGGAAAAUGCACCUAGGGUACAAAGCCAGGAGGAGACUCACUCGGAUGAGGAAGACCGAGCCAGUGAGCCCAAGUCCCAGGAUCAGGACUCAGAGGCUCAUGAGCUGAGCAGGGGCCCAGCGGGAUCUCUCUGUGAGGAGGGGGAUGAUGUUGAGGAAGACCGGACAAGUGACCUCAGGGAUGAAGCCUCCUCAGUAACCCGGGAACUGGAUGAGCAUGAGCUAGACUAUGAUGAGGAGGUCCCUGAGGAGCCAGCUCCUGCUGCCCAGGAGGAGGAAGUUGAGAAAGCUGGGGCAGAGGACGAGGAGGAGAAGGGGGAAGGUGCUCCCGGAGAGGAAGGGAAGCCUGAUGUUCAAAGUGUGGGAGAAAAAGAAUCCACAGAGGCUGCGAAGGAGAAGAAGAAAGAGGAUGACGAUGGAGAGAUUGAUGAUGGGGAGAUAGAUGAUGAUGACUUGGAAGAAGGCGAAGUGAAGGACCCCAGUGACCGGAAGGUGAGGCCUCGCCCCACCUGCCGAUUCUUCAUGAAAGAUGUUGUGACACCAUUAUCCACUCUUCUUCCACCAAUACCAAAUUCCAUACCACUCAGAGGCCAGGUUAAAGGGAACUGCACCUGGGGAAUGAACUGUAGGUUUAUACACCCUGGAGUGAAUGACAAGGGGAACUAUUCCCUCAUCACCAAAGCUGAACCUUUUCCACCCAACGGUGCCCCGCCUCUUGGACCUCACCCAUUGAUGCCUGCCAACCCUUGGGGUGGGCCAGUAGUUGAUGAAAUUUUGCCUCCACCCCCUCCAGAACCCCCAACAGAGAGUGCCUGGGAACGCGGACUCAGACACGCAAAGGAGGUUUUAAAAAAAGCAACCAUUCGGAAAGAGCAGGAGCCUGACUUUGAAGAGAAAAGGCUCACAGUGACCAUUGGUGAAGACGACCGGGAGUUUGACAAGGAAAACGAAGUCUUCCGAGAUUGGAAUUCUAGGGUCCCAAGAGAUGUCAGAGACACAACACUUGAGCCUUAUGCAGAUCCUUAUUAUGACUAUGAGAUAGAGCGUUUUUGGCGUGGUGGACAGUACGAGAAUUUCAGGGUGCAGUAUACAGAAGCAGAGCCGUAUCAUAACUAUCGCGAACGGGAGAGGGAACGGGAGCGCGAGAACAGACAACGAGAACGGGAGCGGGAACGGGAGCGCGACCGAGAGCGUGAGCGAAGGCAGAGGGAGCGCGAGCGAGAACGGGAGCGUGAGCGGGACAAGGAGCGGCAGAGGAGGAAAGAGGAGUGGGAGAGAGAGCGAGCCAAGCGAGAUGAGAAGGACCGGCAGCACCGAGACCGUGACCGGGACAAAGACCGGGAGAAGGACAAGGAGAAGCCGAAGCCCCGGUCCCCACAGCCACCAAGCCGUCAAGCUGAGCCACCAAAGAAGGAGACCACCUCUGUGGGGCCACAGGUGAAGCGAGCUGAUGAGUGGAAGGACCCUUGGCGCCGAUCCAAGUCUCCCAAGAAGAAACUUGGUGUGUCAGUCUCCCCAAGCCGGGCACGAAGGCGUCGCAAAACCUCUGCCUCAUCAGCUUCUGCUUCCAAUUCCUCCAGGUCGUCUUCACGCUCUUCAUCGUACUCGGGCUCGGGCUCGUCCCGGUCCCGGUCCCGAUCUUCAUCCUACAGCUCCUAUUCCAGCCGCUCUUCCAGACACAGCUCGUUCUCAGGAAGCAGGUCCAGGUCCCGGUCCUUCUCCUCGUCCCCAUCCCCGUCUCCCACACCUUCCCCACACAGACCUCCAGUCAGAACCAAGGGGGAGCCGGCCCCGCCUCCCGGGAAAGCAGGGGAGAAGUCACUAAAGAAGCCAGCCCCACCCCCAGCCCCACCACAGGCCACCAAAACUACUGCUCCUGCCCCUGAGCCUGCCAAACCGGGAGAUCUUCGAGAAGCCAGGAGGAAGGAACGGCAAACCAGGACUCCCCCAAGGAGGCGGACGCUCAGCGGCAGUGGCAGCGGCAGCGGCAGCAGCUACAGUGGUUCCAGUUCCCGAUCCAGGUCUCUCAGUGUGAGCAGUGUCUCCUCGGUGUCCAGCGCCACCUCAAGUAGCAGCUCAGUGCACAGUGUGGACUCAGAGGACAUGUAUGCAGACCUGGCCAGUCCUGUGUCCUCGGCCAGCUCUCGAUCCCCCACCCCUGCCCAGACCAAGAAGGAGAGAGGGAAAUCUAAGAAGGAAGAUGGAGUGAGAGAGGAAAAGCGGAAACGGGAUCCGUCCACACAGCCACCCAAGUCCUCCAAAGCUCCAGCAGGUGGGAAGUCCUCCCAGCAGGCAGCGGCACCUCAGCAGGCAGCCCCUGGGCAGCCCCAGCAGGGCUCCUUUGUUGCCCACAAGGAGAUAAAGCUGACGCUGCUGAAUAAGGCGGCUGAUAAAGGAAGCCGGAAGCGCUAUGAGCCAUCAGACAAAGACCGGCAGAGUCCUCCAGCCAAGAAGGCCAAUUUGUCCCCAGACCGAGGUUCUCGGGACCGGAAAUCAGGGGGAAGAAUGGGCUCCCCAAAGCCAGAGAGGCAGAGAAGCCAAAACGCUAAAGCCCCUGCUGCCCCCGCCGACAGGAAGCGUCCACUGUCACCCCAGUCUAAGAGCUCCAGCAAGGUCACCAGCGUGCCCGGCAAAGCCACCGACACUGCCACUGCAGGCACCAAGUCAGGGAAAGCCAGCACGUUGUCGCGGCGGGAGGAACUCCUUAAACAGCUCAAGGCUGUGGAGGAUGCCAUCGCUCGCAAGCGGGCCAAGAUCCCUGGGAAAGUGUAGUGAGCCCAGCUCACUGCCCUGGAGUAGACUCUUAAAUGUUUUUAUAAAAAAAUUAGGGUAAGCGCAGCCAUUUUGGAUUUUCCAGUUAAUGUCUUAUUUUGGCUGUGAUUCUUUUUAAAAAUUAAAAAAGAAAAAAAAGUUUCUCAGCUGGAAAAGAAGCCACAUAUAAGAUGAAGAUGACGCUGAAUCCCAACCUCUCCACCAGACUGAACCAGCUCCUUCCAGAAUAGAGUCUCCACGGACAGACAGACAGACAGAUGGACGGACGGACGGACAGGGCAGCACUGAGACAGGGAGCACCAGCUCUAUAACUUAAGAGCUUUAGGCACGCAGGGCUGGGCUCACACUCUUCUGCGUCCGUCCUCACUUCUUCCAGCUGGCCUCCUGGGCUGCGUGUUUCCAGCAGAGUCUCCUUUCUGGGAACAGGAAAGCAGAAUAUUUCCUGGACUACAGGCAGAACCAUCCCUCCCCUCCCCCGGAUCAGAAGUAUAUAUAUAUAUAUUCUUGCCUAAAGUCUGAUUGGGAAACAUUUCCUGUCUUUUAUUUUAAGCAUCAAAUUGUUUUAGUUGAUUAAAAAGGAAAAAACAGAAAAGACAAAAAAAAAAUAAAAUAAGGCCAAGGGUAUUGUUGGGGUGUCUGUCCAAUGUGGAGAGUCUUUUUUGAGCAAUCUCCUAAAAUAAAAUAUUUUGAUAAGCA